AUGUCAAAGCGAGUUCUAAUUUGUCUGGUAGGUUUACCAGCUACUGGUAAAAGUACACUUUGCUCCGAACUGCUAAAGCAAGCAACCAACUACGACAUAGAGCACAUCUGCUAUGAUAAACACAUAACAACUGUCGAUCAUGUUACUGACCCUAGUGCCUGGAACAAAGCUCGACAAGCUCUCAAUCAGAAUAUCACAAACUUGGUUUCUAGUAAUAAAGCCGAAACUUGUUGUGUCAGGAGUAAGGUUUUUCUGUUGGACGAUAACUUUUAUUACAGAGGAAUGAGGAAAGAGAUACUCCACAUAGCUCAGAGGAAUUCAUGUGUAUUCGGACAGAUUGUAUUUCGAGUGAGUAAAGAACUGGCCAUAUCUGCUAAUAACAGUAGAUGUGACACGAUUGUAGCUGAAGAAACUAUUCGGAAAAUGUCUAAUCUGAUAGAGUACCCAUCUGAGGCAUGGGAGAAGCAUGUUCUGCAUCUUGCAGAGUUGACAUCUUAUAAUGAGUCAACAACACCUGGUAGGAUUGAGCUGGUUUCACAAUUUAUAGACUUUAUUUGUGAACAGUCGCCUGAAAAGGACCCAGCGGUAGAGAAGCUGAAGAGGGAAGCAGAUCGUGACGAAACUUUGAAUGAUGUUGUGCAACAGUGUGACAUAUUGUUGAGAAAAGUGAUAUCUCAGAAAAUUAAGGACGAUAGAAGGUCUGGUUUGAACGUUCCCUAUAGUGUGUAUUCGAGAACGAAGUCGUUGUUUUUAGAGGGAAUCAAAACUGGAGAAAUAAGCUUUGGCGACCAACCGGUCACUACUGAAGCAGUCAGUUUAAAGUUUACAGUUAUUUUUGAUGAUACACAAGUUGAAAACUAAAGAUUGAUUGGACAAAUUAAUAUUCUUUUAACGGAUAGGACUUUCUAUGAGAUUCAUGCCAAAUUUUAACUUAUUAUAUGCUUAUAUGUAAUGAAUAAUGAUAUCAAUUUUAGAAAUUGUUUUUACGGAUAAUUUUGAGUCUAAGCUGCCCUAAUCGAGACUUAGUGUGGGUAGUGAAUUAUAUGAGUUUAAUUAAU